GACAAACCUCUCUUUCUUCCCCAUCUCAUUCCAUCCCAUCCCAUUCAUCCCAUCUCAUUUAUCCUAUCAUCUGUUUUUAUCGGCAGAAAACCUCUGCCCCAGACAACCUCAGGCCACCAUCCACCGUCAACGGGCCGCUCUCCUUGGCUUGCUGUGUGAGGCGUUGCUGAGCUAAUACCAUUACACCGGCCACCCAUUUACCGCCGCGUCUGCCCACUCCCAUCGCCCCUUUGUUAUAGGACCCCGUUCCCCUUCGGCCGUCGUCUUCUUCCUUACAUAACGCCCUCCUUUGAACACCUUCCUGCGACCGACACAUCCGCCGUCAUUGUGACGCCAGGUCCUGGAUUCCAUUGCGAGCUUGCUGUCCCUGGCGCCUCUACAGCCUUCGUCAUUCACACAGGUAAGGACCAAGAACCCCCUCCCCUUCCCUCUCAUCUUCUUCCCUUCUCUAUCUAGCUCCAGUCCACGUCGGUCUGGGCAUCGUGACAUCUGGCUGCAACUCCUCUGGGUAUUGGCCAAUCCCGCCCUCGAACAUAAAGUCCUAUCUGCAGAAAGUGCGCGUGGUAGAUCGCUGCAUUCGGAAUAUCCUGCUUCUGUGACUCACAUCCUCUCGUCUCUCAGCCUUACAAUGGAAUACAUUGCAUGAUUGAAAACUGACAAGAGGACCUGCCACAGUGCUCUAUCUCGCGCUCUCUCAAAAGACCCGGUUUCACCCCGCAUCUACCGCAGCCAUGUCCUCCAACCCCCGUAGGACGCCGAUGACUCGGCCGGACUCGAGAGGCCUUUCUCUUAAGACCAACACCCUCCAGAAGGGAGCGACCUUUCACUCUCCCACGAGUCCUACUUCGACCACAGAGAACGUCUUUAGACCACCAUCUCUGCCACGCCGAUCGCAGUCGAACCUGGACGAUGUCAUUGAUUCCCAUCGCCGCCGUGCCGCCUUGACCUUGGACGAGUUUGAUAGAACGCUUGCCGGUCUUUCCAUCAGCGACUCGCCUUUCUCAGCGGCUGCGCGCAAGAUUCUUCGCGAAGACAGCCCGCCCAUUCCCCGUGGAAUUCUCAACCACACCUUGGAUACUGUCAUAGCAAAGCAGAAACAGGUGGAACGCAAAGUACUGCGCCCUCGCACUCGCCGAACUUCUCGACAUCACGACUCCGACAGCGGUCUCGGCACCUCUAUUGCUUCCACUAACGAAAAAAUUGCUGCGAAGGAGCAAACAGUCGCAAAGACCACUGCUGUCACUAGAUCUGCCGCCGCCACUCGCACGACCACAACUACCACCACGCAAGUGCUCGGUCAGCGUGCCAACAACCGCAUUUGCGAACACACACUCAAGCCACUCCUUGGCAAGCCGGAAUUCAAGGAUUUCCACCCGCUUCUUCUGGAGUGCCCAAAGAAAAUUCAAGACAAGGAGAUCGUCUGCCUUAGAGAUCUUGAGAAGACACUUCUUCUUGUCGCACCAGAGAGAACCAAAUCUGCUGGCCUGUAUCUCGACUUCUGCCUGACCACCAUUCAGUGCAUCCAGGCCACUGUUGAGUACCUCAGCGACCGUGAGCAGACUCGGCCACGCGACGUGCCGUAUAACAGCGGCUAUUUUAUCGACCUGGUUGAUCAGAUCCGCCACUACGCCCAGCAACUUUCCGAGGCCAAAGAGAAGGGAGAUAACGACGAGAUGGAUGUUGAUCCCACUGACGAGAUCAAACUGCACGGUGGAAUCCACAUUAACGGCCGCCCCGCCGAGCUGGUUCGUAUCAAGAAGAACGGCAAAAUGAUUUCCAUGGCUACCGGCGAACCUAUCGAGUCGAUUGAGGAAGAGAGUAGCGGCGCGGUCAGGAUUAAGCGCUCGGCUAGUGAGGAGCUCGAAGAUGAGGAAGAGAUCAUGCGCUCCAUGGCCAGGCGAAAGAAGAAUGCUACACCCGAGGAGCUCGCGCCCAAGAAGUGCCGAGAGCACGGCUGCAACAAGGAGUUCAAGCGGCCUUGCGACUUGACCAAGCAUGAAAAGACACACUCUCGGCCCUGGAAGUGUCCCGUCACUACCUGCAAGUACCACGAGUAUGGAUGGCCAACGGAAAAGGAGAUGGAUCGCCACCAUAACGACAAGCACUCUGCGGCGCCCCCCAUGUUUGAGUGCUAUUACAAGCCAUGCCCGUACAAGUCCAAGCGGGAAUCCAACUGCAAGCAGCACAUGGAGAAGGCACAUGGCUGGACCUACGUCCGGACCAAGACCAAUGGCAAGAAGCCUGGCUCCAGCAUUGCUGGCGGCUCUACCCACCCCACGCCCCAACUUGGCCACAUUUCCACCCCCUCGAGUGACAUGAGCGCUGGGGUCGCUACUCCUCCUGAUGAUUGGAGCCACAUCUAUUCCAGCGGCCUGGAGUUCCCCACCUAUAUGCCCGACUCUGAUUUCGGCAUGAUCCCUCAAGAGCUCCAUCUUGAGUACUCUCCGGUUGAUAACCCUACUCCUUCCACUGACUCUGGCAUGGACCACAGCUCUGCCUACCAGGAUAUCUCCACAGAUUUCACACUCUAUGAGGAUAUUUACAGUGCCAAUGUGCAGCUCCCUACACCCAUGCACGCCAAUAUCUAUGACAAGCCCAUGGAACCACAGUUUACCCCUUUCACCGGUGCCGAACUCUGCCCGCUACCUGCCCAGCUCUCACCCAUCGGCCAAGCGAACGCCAUGCUCUUCACUCCCACCUCGAUGGUCGAUGAGGGUUUCGAUGACCAACACGAGCUUGCCGCCAUGACCAAUAUGGCCAGCGGCGGGGACUUCAUCCUUUUCCCCAACCAGGCUGGUGUUUCCAAGCCCAUGUACAAUGACUCCCUGUUUGCGACAGAUCUCCCCCUUCAGGGCAUGGGCACCGGUUACUCUCAGCCUUCCACUCAAGAUCUGAUGAACGGAUUCCACGUUGACUGGUCAGCACAUGACUUGAGCGCCUACCUUCCUCAGUAAAUCAGAGGAUCCUGCGCGUGGGACUACCAGAUCUCGCGAGUAGGCCUGUAUAUUGGCGUUAAUGGAAAAUUGGAGAUUGUUGGGAAAUAAUUCUCCCGGCCUGUUUGCUGUUUUUUAUGAUGUAAUGAAGUGGGACAUUAGCGAUUUUGGGAUUGGAGAGAAGAGAAGCUGAGAACGGAACUUCCAGGCAGAAUAUCUGGGGACGACUCUACUCUUACUCUAUUUUUGUAUUUUUCCAUAGCUGGUUUUGCCUGUUUAAUCGACAGUUGGCCCCCGUUUGGGGUUUUCAUACUGCUAUACGCAUUCCUUUUCUUCCACAAGCAACCAACCACCACCAAGACUGCGAAUGUUGGGUCAAAGGACUGUGAAGUGGAUGGACAUAGUUUCAACAAUGGCAGGAGACAAGGGCCAUUCACACCGGCUCUAGGUAGUUUUAGAUAGAGAUCAUGGCUUUUUAUACAAUAACAAAGAAGCUUGGAACUGCUAUUUGUCUACAUCCAUCACGAUGUGUUUCUGUUAGCGGAGAGUGUGG